AACAAGGUAAUAAGCAUCCUGGGGUCAGGGUAGCGUGGCUUCAAGCAAAAGCUUGACAGCCUGUCUCGGGAUGCGGAGGCGGAGGUGAAGAUCAGCACCCCAUUGCAGCUUCCGUCUCAUACGCGAGCGACUUAGCUUAUACAUGCCUCCUUUUUGACGCUGUAGAUGCGACAUGCAUGAAUCAGCAAAAGUCUCACUGCGCGUGUUAGCGGUGUAUGCGGGUGCCGAAGUGUUGUCCACUCUGGGUCUGAGCGUUGGAAAGCCGACUUCGUUGGCUGUCAAUCCUCAGCACGCAGUCAUACCCCGCCAGCCGCACAUUACUAUGGUCUUAGCAUCCAUCGUUGUCGUCAAUCAACCACCAGGGGCAAUCGGCAUGGCUAAGCACCGCUUAGUGCUGUCAAUGGGGAAAGCCCGUGUGCGAAGAAACUUACAUGCACGGCUUGAGUUCACGAAAGCGGAUACACCCAGACCUGCCCUUUGGCAUGCUAUAUCUGGUUGUAAGUCGCGAAAGGAUCGUCUCGCGUCCCAGAAGCAAGCUCUCCAAAGCACCCGUUGCGUCCUUGUGAGGUUUCAUGAUAGCAGCAUCAACAACGACGGUGCAGUAGGAUGAUUGGGCUCGGUACCCGUCAAUCGCUGGGUCUAAAUGUAGCUGCCAUCGUGGCCACGGGCGGCAUCGAUUCCUUCACAGGGCAGCUACU